CAAGAUGCUGUUAUGUUGGCAUAUCUAUUAGAAUAUUAUGCUGAACAUUCCAUGGGUCAUAUUGGUUGGAUGAUUAAUGUUACAAAAAUUCUUCCAGAAUUAUCUAAACACGAUUAUGGUAUAUACUUAGUGAUUUUUGUUAUUUUAAUUUAUUGCAUUUUUUAACUAAUUACGUGGAAUCAUUAUACUAUAAACCGUGUUUUGGAAAAAUGAAAUAUAAUCUUCCAAUUAAAACAUUUGAUACACUAUCAGUUAGUCAAGAUACAUUAGAAGUAUAUAUACCACUUACUCAGCUUAUAUCAACAGAUUAUUCGACUAUUUUGAAAUAUAUGAAAUAUAAAAAAAUAAGAGAUGAUUUAUUACCCGAUAUUUGUAUGGUUCCACUUCCAAAUUUUACAAAUUACUAUUCAAAAAUAAAGGGGGAAAUU